AGUUGGGAUAACACUGCUGCUGGGAACAUCAGGAAUGGCGAAAGGCAUGCAACUCCAUCCAGGGAAAAUACUGAUGCAUACAACAUCCACACUUGCUCGGUUUCAUUACUAAAUGCGCGUUCUCUCAGUGGGUCAUCAGUAUAGUGUGGCAUUAUGAUUGCAUGAUUUCUGAGUUUAUUCAACAACUCGUCGCCAAACUUUUUUUUGCCGCUAACCUGCUCGCCUCGCGUCUCCAUCUUUUCCUUCUCAAAAUCGGAUAAUGUCAUCUUUGAUGCUGUGAAGUUGGAUGCAGAAGAUCAGUUUGGCUGGAAAUAAACACCUGUUGCUGCUGGUGUAGUUUAAGGAAACAUCUGGAAUAUUCAUCCACAUUUUGGAUUAAUAAUGAAAGUAACAGUGACUUUUGGAAGGACUGGUGUAGUUGUCCCAUGUAAGGAAGGAUGGACGGUACGGGAGCUCAUUCAGCAAGCCACCCAGAGAUACAGAAAACUACUGGAACAGGAGGGAGAUUUCCUGGUACGAACCCAUCAUGUUGAGUAUUGUGAUGGGGGAAUUCUGGACCCUGAUGAUGUGCUAACAGACCUGGUGGAAGACAAGGACAAGCUGAUUGCUGUGUACGAGGAACAGGAGGCCCAGCAGAGGGGUGCUGUGAGUCCCGGGAAUGGAACAGGUACAGGGACAGGGAGCAGCAUAACGGGACAGUCCAGCCCAGAACCCUACGACUCUGAACUCUCCUGCUUCCAACCAAUCAGAGGAGGAGAAAUUGAAGUCAACUCCUCUGCCCUCAAAUCUAGCACUCCUCUGUUGGUACGGAGCAGUAGUGAUUCUGCCCUUGGACCCCCUCAGACUGAUGAUCUGUAUCGCAGAUCCAUGGGGCUACAUGUGCAGACUGACAUGGACUUUGCAGCUGAAAAAUCUGGUAGCAACAAAUCUGGCCAUUUCAGUGUCAACAGCCUCACAAAGACGGUGGAGAUUUCAGGAGAACAAGGGCCUCUAGGAAUACACGUGGUGCCGUACUGUUCCUCUCUCAGCGGAAGGGCAAUGGGCCUGCACAUUCGAGGCGUGGAGGAGAACAGUCGCUCAAUGAGGGAAGGCAUCUUUCAGGACAAUGAGUGUAUCGUUAAAAUCAAUGACACUGAAUUAAUGGACAAAUCCUUUGCCCAAGCACAGGAAAUAUUCCGGCAAGCCAUGCGUUCACCCAUCGUUCGUUUAGAAGUCGUUCCUGUUGUUAAUAAAGAUCGCUACGAGAAGAGUGUGAUCGGUCAUCUCUUUAACUCAGAAAACCCUGACACAUCCAUACGGACCAAAGACCCUCCGCCCGUGAAGGUGAAGCCCAUCGUGCGUCCUUUGGAGUCCUCGGAAUGGCAAGCCGAGCUUCAGGAGUCUAGCAGCAGUCUUGAGAGUCGCUCUCUGGGCUCCCCAUUCCCCCAAAGCCUCUCCCCCAGCCCCAGGGGCAAGAGUGGCGAUAGCCCCCUCCUGAAAAUGAGCAUGGGACAAUCACCUCUGCAAAAUCAAAACAAAAAGGCUGGGAAAAGACUCAGAAUUGACCUCAAGAAAGGUCCAGAAGGUCUGGGCUUCACUGUUGUGACCAGAGAUUCUUCUGUGCACGGGCCCGGCCCCAUCCUCGUCAAAAACAUCCUUCCCAGAGGAGCUGCUGUCAAAGAUGGCCAUCUGCAGUCAGGUGACAGGAUCCUGGAAGUGAAUGGUGUGGACAUCACAGGUCGUACUCAGGAGGAACUGGUGGCCAUGUUACGCAGUACUAAGCAGGGGGACAGUGUGUGUCUGGUUGUGUCAAGACAGGAAGACAUAUUCCUGCCGCGUGAGCUGAAAGAGGAGCAGGCCCGGUUGUUGUUUUCUGAGGAGGGGAAGGAGCAGCUGAUGUUUGAGGUUCCUCUGAAUGACUCUGGCUCAGCUGGGUUAGGGGUCAGCUUGAAAGGGAAUAAGUCCCGCGAGACCGGUGAGGACCUGGGGAUCUUCAUCAAGUCCAUCAUCCACGGAGGAGCAGCAUUUAAGGAUGGGCAUUUACGCAUCAAUGACCAGCUUAUUGCCAUCAAUGGUGAGUCACUGUUGGGGAAGUCCAACCAUGAGGCCAUGGAGACCCUGCGGAGAUCCAUGUCUAUGGAAGGAAACCUGAGAGGAAUGAUCCAACUGGUGGUUGUCCGUGCCGCAUUACCACCUAACCAGGAGUUCCAGGAAACACGGCGAAUUCUCAAUCGAUCCUUUGAUAGCUGCGUGGGGCACCUCGGCCAAUCAGACGGCAGCAUUCAGCCCCCUAUGGUGAUGAACAGCAUCUAUGAGAGAUGUGCGGUUUCAAAUGGGGGAUACAGUCACAUGGAAGAGGGGGAUGAUGAAGGGUUUUCCGCUAAUCUGCACAGACAGGACAGCAUGAAGCUUCAGCAAAGUGUGAAUUCAGUUCUUCAUUCAGCGGACACUUCUGUUGUUGAUGGAGGUCAGCGGGGUCCUGCAGAGCAGAAUCUUGCCAAGUCCUCUAAGAGCAUGGAUCUGGGGAGCAGUGUGGUGGAGCUGGGACCCACGUUAGGCCUGAAGAAGUCCAGCUCUCUGGAGAGUCUGCAGACUGCCAUGACAGAGGCCAAGAAAAACGAUCUGCUGCCCUUCCACAGGCCCCGUCCACACAUGGUUAGGGGGCGUGGUUGCAACGAGAGCUUCCGUGCAGCCAUUGACAAAUCAUAUGACGGGCCACCGGAAGAUGAUGACGAUGACGGGUCGGACCAGAGCUCUGGACGAGACACUCCGGCCAGCGGCUCCUCCAGACAGGGUGCAGGUGACAAUGAGGAGAACAAGAAAGACAAAAAGAAGAAGGCCAAAGGAAAGAAGAAAGACAAGUUGAAAAGCAAAGGAAAGGAGAAAGAGAAGAAGAAAGCUGAGGAGGCCAGUGAUGAGCUGGAUAAGAAGACCAAGAAGAAAGGAUUCGGGUUGCUAAGAUUUGGGAAGAAAAAAGAAGAUAAGAGCAAGACGGAGACUAAAGUUAAUGCACAGAAGCAGAUGUCAGAAAUUCUGAGUGAGGACGAGUUGGAGAGGAUGAAGGAAGAGAGAGAAAGAAUCGAGGCUAAGCACCAAGAGCUGCGGGACCGGCAGGUUCGAGAUCGUUUCUCCCCACCUGACGUGGAGGACGAUGACCUGGACCCAAACUACGCCCGUAUCAACAACUUCAGGGAGCAUGGGUCACCUCCCCUCCCCGCCUAUGGGAACCGCAGCCCCUCCCUACAAAGACCCCCUCCUCCAGAGUCACACAGCAGAGAGCCAUCCACAGAGGACCCUCUGGAUGACCUGUAUGCCAAAGUCAACAAACAACGAAGUCCUCCACCACCCGCAGCAGAAAGUAUGGACCGUAUCCAGCAGCUGAGGAGGGAGUAUCUUCAGGCUCGUAGAGAGGGAGCAGCUCCAGCCUACGAGGAACUGGAGGCCCGACGUAGAGGACAAGAGUACGACCCACAAAGAAUGCCAGUGAGAAACCCUGAUCCCAGACUGACACCCCGAUACGAGGACGUGGAGCGACAAUAUGCCUCCUUGCCCAGAAGACCACCAGUCGAAACUAAUGAGUAUCCAGUGCAGUCGUGGGUGGGACACAGGGACCCCGCGCACUACCCAAACCCACAGUCAGGCUACCAUCCCAGCUACCCUCCCAGGGAAAACUACCCUCACCUGGUGGACCCUCGGCAGAGUGACUCAGGGUUCUAUCUCCCACCUCCGCAGCAGAGAGGACCACUGCGCCAGGACGUGCCCCCUUCUCCCACCAUACCUCUCCGAGGUCCUCGCUAUGACACCAUGAACCGUGGAGGCUACCGCAACUCUAGCCCAGAGCGCUAUGCAUAUGGAGAACCUCGACACUCUGACCCGAGACAGAAGAGUCCAAUGACGGCUGCUGUUUAAACUCACCAUUUAUUUUAUGCCCUGUGUUCAAUGUUAGAAUAAGCACCAGUUUGAGCUUCAUGUGUUCAUAGACAGGUGUUUACAUGUUUUACUACUAAUAAUGUUGCUGUAUCAAGUCCUCUGUUUUUCUAGCCAAAGCAACAUCUUAAAGUUCUGAUGAGAAAAUUAUAAUCCAAUAUACAUAACACAGUUACACUCAGUACAAGGCGUCAGACUUUCCCUCCCUGUGUGUGUGUGUGUGUGUGUGUGCGUCGUGCGUGCGUGCGAGAGACUGGCCUUAAUAUCUAUGUGUGUGUAUCAGCUAGAUAUUUAAGAUGGAUGCUGUCCCACAAUGCUUUGUUGUGAUGGGUCGCUUCAGUAAACUGGAAAAAAAAAAUCUUAAAUGGAUAGUUCACCCAAAAAUUCUUCUCUCAUUUUGUUUCAAACCCACAUGACUUUCUUCUGUGGAACAAGAUUUUUUGAAGAAUGUCAACACUGCUCUUUUUUACAUAAAUGGAAAGACUCACAGGAAAAACAUGAGGGUAAGUCAAAAAUGACAGAAUUUUCACACUUUGCUCAAAGAUCCCUUUCAGUCAGCCUAUUGUGGUUAGGCUGGUUUGUUUUGAUGGUUUAGAGGCAGUUUUAGAUUGAAUGCUAACCUGCCAUGCCCAAAGAUCAUGUGCUACUACCUCAGUUGACUGAGGUUUGGACAAUUGAAGUAUGAGGAAGCAUUUGAAUCCUGAUUUAAACAAAUUCCAGCAACACUUUAAUUGGUGCAGUUCUGUUCAAUCUUUACAGUGGUCAUUUGAAACUGUGGAAUUUAUCUACUAAUGUGUGUGGGGUUGUGCGUACAUGUUUAAAGAUGAAAGGCUGUUAUUUUAUGUUAGAGCACUCCUUAUACUCUUCUUCAGUUUAACCAUUCUGUUGUUAUUGUGAAAGUCACUGUAUGACUGCAAAUCACCCGCUAUUACUUUGUCACUCAGCAAACAAUAGCUAGAUUUGGUCAUGUGUAACAGAAAGAAAAAAGUGGAUCAAUUUACACACAAUAAAUCCACAGUAGGUGUAAAAUAUUUUCAAAAAUUAAAAAUCUGUUCAUUAACUCUCACUCAUGUUGCAAACCUGUAUGCCUGCUGGUCUUCUGUAGAACACAAAAGGAGAUGUGGGCCAAAUGUUAAUCUUAGUAGUCAUCAGUCACUUUCAUUGCAUCUUUUUUUUCCAUGCAAUGAAAUUGCCUACUUUUGUGUUCUGCGAAAGUCAGAACUUUUUAACACUUGAGUGAGUAAAUAAUGACACAAUUUUAUUUUAGUGAACUAUCCCUUUAAAACUGCACAAUACAAUACAACAUAACAUAGCCCUCAAAAUAACUGUCCAUUAUUUGAAGUUAUAUAAGCAGAGGAAGAUGAAGAAAAAGAGAUUGUUUUUUUCAGGAAGAGGAAAGGAGGGUCCAUAGAACUGAAACUGAGGAAGGAUGAGAGAGGGGCAGAGCUGUACCACCAUGAACAGAGCACCAUCCCAAGCAGAAUUCCCACCUGAAUCCAAAAACCAUUUAAAUAGGUCGAUCACUUGCCUCACAUAACCCUCAAAACAAAGUCUGUUUAGUUUUUUUUUUUAAGGGAGGGGGCUGGACCAUCAAUUAUAUUUUUAUCUGAACAUUUAACUAUUAUGUAUUUUAUUCUAAAAUAAUUCUUUCACAUUUUUUGGUACAAAAGACUCUCUGUAUUCAGAGUACAGGUAAUGAAUAAGAAUAAAAGUAAUGUUGACUUUAGUAUGCAUUAAUCAUGUCAAACAUGUAUGUAACUUAUAACGAAAUGAAAAUAAAAAUCUGUGCACCUAGUAUCGCUGCAUCCAUUAUUAUUAUGUACAAAACUGUGUAUUUUAUCUAACACAUUUUCAAUAAAUAUGCA